AUGUCCAAGAUCAUUAAACAACAACUGAGUAUACUCAAUAGAGAUAAGGAUACAGAUGAUAAUGAUAAAAGAGUAAACAAAGUUUAUAAAUCACCUCUUGAUAUAAUAAGAGAGAAGAAGGUAGAUGAGAAUGAAGUGUUGGCUGCAAACUUGGCAUUGUUGCGAAAGAAGAUGACAAUCAAACAAAAGUCAAAGGCUGCUGAGAAGAAGAGAGAUAUAAUAGAUAAGGCUGUCAAGUGGACUGACCAAAGAGCAAAGCAACAAAAGGUCACUCUAAAGGAGAAGAAAGCAAAGAAGUUAAAGUCAACAAAGAAGGAGUCUCAAAUGUUAAGUGACUUGAUGAGAUAA